AGGCUAAGUGGUAAGAGAGGUAUCGGAAGGAGAGAGAAACCAUUCAGCCAGCGAUAUCGACGGCAGCGGCGGCGAGAAUGCUCGGAUAAUUGACCGGCGGUUGACGGCGGCGAAACAACACAUCAACUAACGAGGUCAUCAUUGCUCUGUGUAAUACCGAAAAUUCCCUCGGCAAGCUGAUUAAGGAAGGAUCUGCCGGGUUAAUGAAUGGUUUCACGACGUUGACCAACACUACGAAGCACGCCUAUGGUCAAGCCUUCCAGGAAAAGCCGUUGCGUUUCAAGAAUUCUAUUAAUGGUACCGUGACUUCUUUCUCUUUCACCUUCUUCUUUGCUAUCGUCCCUGAGCAUAAGCACAAAGGCUCUCACGGUAUGGCCUUCGUCAUCUCUCCCACGAGAGGCAUUCCGACUGCUUUUGCUGAUCAGUACCUCGGAAUAUUCAACGAUACAAACAAUGGAAAAAGCUCGAAUCAUAUCAUCGCUGUGGAGCUCGAUAUACAUAAAGAUGAUGAAUUUGAAGACAUUGAUGAUAACCAUGUUGGUAUCAACAUUAAUGGUAUGAAGUCUAUAAAAUUUGCUUCUGCUGGCUAUUAUGAUCAAGAGGGUCAAUUAAGAAAUCUUUCCUUGAUCAGUGGAGAUCUCAUCCGAGUCACGAUUUUGUAUAGCCGGAAAGAAAAACUGCUUAGUGUUACCUUAUCUCCAGCAGAGGACCCUAAUGUCCCGAAGCGGCCGCUUCUUUUACUGAACCAAGAUUUGUCACCAUAUCUUUUGGAGGAAAUGUAUGUUGGCUUUGCAGCCUCCACGGGGUCGGUUGGAGCAAUACAUUACAUGUGGAGCUGGCAUGUCUAUCUCUCCUUUGGGGUUCCAAAUCUGGACUUGCUGAUACCGACGAUUCCUCCAUAUCCGAAGAAAGAGUCUAAGGAACAACGGACUGUUUUGGUGACCUGUUUGACAUUAGCUCUCUUUGUUGCGCUUUCAGCAUCAGCUUUAACUGUCUUCUUUUAUAGGAGACACAAAAAGGUUAAAGAGGUUCUAGAGGAAUGGGAAAUCGAAUGUGGGCCGCAUAGGUUUGAUUACAAAGAACUUUUUAAAGCCACAAAAGGUUUCAAGGACAAACAACUUCUAGGUAAAGGAGGGUUUGGUCAGGUCUUUAAGGGUACACUUCCAGGUUCCGAUGCAGAGAUUGCUGUUAAAUGGAUUUCUCAUGAUUCAAGUCAGGGUAUGCAAGAAUUCUUGGCCGAGAUAUCAACAAUCGGUCGGCUUAGACAUCCAAACCUAGUCAGGCUUCAGGGUUAUUGUAGGUACAAAGAAGAACUCUACUUGGUUUAUGACUUUAUGCCCAAUGGAAGCCUUGACAAGUACCUCUACCGCAGAGAGAAUCAAGAGCAACUCACUUGGGAUCAACGUUUCAAGAUCAUCAAAGACGUAGCCUCUGCACUCUGCUAUCUGCAUCAUGAGUGGGCACAAGUUGUAAUUCAUCGAGACAUCAAGCCAGCAAAUGUCCUGAUUGACCAUCAGAUGAAUGCAAGGCUCGGGGAUUUUGGAUUAGCUAAACUUUACGACCAGGGUUUUGAUCCUCAGACAUCUAGAGUAGCUGGAACAUUCUUGUACAUCGCACCUGAGCUCAUUAGAAGCGGAAGAGCAACGACAGGGACAGACGUCUAUGCCUUUGGGCUGUUUAUGCUGGAAGUCUCUUGCGGUAGAAGGCUGAUAGAGCCACGAGCAGCUGCCGAUGAGGUUGUCCUUGCUGAAUGGACAUUAGAUCGUUGGGAGAACGGAGAUAUCCUCGAGGCAGCCAAUGAAAGACUCCGCCAAGAACACAAUAGAGAACAGUUCGAGCUUGUUCUGAAACUGGGAGUGCUCUGUUCGCACCAGGUUGCAGCAAUUAGGCCGGACAUGUCUAAGGUUGUCCAGAUCUUGAAUGGUGAUCUGCAGCUUCCGGAUAAUCUACUCGAUAUUGUGAAAGCCGAGAAGGUCAGAAUGUGGUCCGAGACAUCUGAGCGAGUACUUGAUCUUUUGGCAUCCCAAGGGUCCAUCGGUACCUUAACCUUUACGGAACCUUUGACCUCCUGGGGACGCUGAGAGGUGAUGUCGAUUUCGGUCGUGAAAUGAUGUAUGAUGUUCAUUUCAUUGUAUUUUCUGCUUUAGAAAUAUUUUCUGUUGUUCACUUCAUUGUAAUGAAUGUAUCGUGUGUGGUUCAUGUUCUACUUAAAUCGGCUGUAACAUAGCGAACUUAUAUAUUU